GUUCAUCGUGACUAGUCUCGAAUUCAGAACCUUGAAUUAUACUUCGUUCAACUAGGCUACCACCAUUUCCUGCAGGAAGCUUCCGGUUCUGAUUGAAACCUCUUCAUCAAGCUGUAGACAAUGAGGACAUUCACCGCACUAUAUGCGCUUCUUUCUGUUCUCUUUGUAUCUGCUGCCGUCCUCGAUCAGCCACCUCAGGAAGUACUCGGCAGACCCACAGUCGAUGCUCUGACCGACCGUGACGCUAUCAUCGAGAAGCUGCUUGAUACAUACGAUGAUGAUCCUGUACGCGUUAUGCGUCUUCUGGAUCCCGAAAAUGCGUCAGAACUCGAUGCUCCACGGCUGUUGCAAAUCUUUGGUACUGAGGCAGUCACAUGGAUGACCGAAGGCGACAAACUACGCCUUCGGCAGCAGGGCCUCGGGUUCAUCGACCUCACCGAUCACCAGGAUUUGCAAACAAGUUCCGAGUCUGCUGAGUCAACAUGGCCUAGACUACAAUAUCAAGACAGGGUGAAGUCCGUCACCAAGCUUCUGAGCAAGGACGAGAUGAAGAACAACCUGGGCAACUUAACCUCCUUCCACAACCGGUAUUAUCGCUCGGAGUUUGGUGUCAAGAGUUCACGCUGGUUAUACAAUCAGAUCCUGGAGAUUGUCUCUGCUGCUCCUCCCGGUGUCCGUCUCUCAGUCGAGACAUUCACUCACACGUUCCCCCAGCCCAGCGUCAUUGCCCGCUUUGAGCCGUUCUUUGGACGCUCUUCUCCCAAUCCAACCAUAGCCCUUCCGCGCAUCAUCGUUGGCGCUCACCAGGACUCCGCAAAUUAUCGUUUCCCCUUACUCCCUGCGCCCGGAGCGGAUGAUGAUGGCUCAGGAACGGUCACGAUCCUCGAGGCCUUCAGAGCUCUUGUUCAAGCUGAGUUCGUACCAGAACGCCCGGUCGAGUUCCACUGGUAUGCCGCAGAAGAGGGUGGCUUACUAGGAAGUCAGGAAGUCGUAUCUGAGUAUAAGCAGUUGAAGAAGGAAGUGGGCGCCAUGAUCCAGUUUGACAUGACUGCAUACGUACCAAAGGGAGAAGUUCCCGUUGUGACUUUUAUCACGACGGACGUUGAUUCGAAUCUGACGAACUGGACAAUGGCGCUUGCAGAAGAAGUACUCUACGUCUGUGGUGGGCGGUGCAAAACUUUUUGCUGGUGCAGGGCUCAGACCACAUGUCAUGGCACCGAGCAGGAUUCCCUGCCAUAUUUGCCGCAGAGGGUGAUCCAUUCAAGACAUUCAACCCGUACAUCCACACGUCAGGAAGACCGGAUGGACCUUGCCGAUGGCGAGUUUUCAUUUGAGCAUGCUCUCGAGUUCGCAAAGGUUGCUGUCGGGUUCGUAGUCGAACUUGGUGGAUGGGUCGAAUAACUUCUUGGGGAUGGCCAGUCUGGUUGCACGGACCAAUGAUAUACUCAAACUCUCGUCCGUGUAUAGUCUCCCCGCGUUGCUACUUACAGUCGUGAAGAUUGUCGGGCCAAGAUAAUGCUAAUAAUCACGAUUUGCAAGUACAGGACAGCUCAUGAAGUCGGCAAUCAGAUUGUGUCAACAUGCAACUUUUACUUAUUCUCCAAAACAGAAUAGUGAGAGUAUGAUUGUUCUUCCGGACGUCCAUAUCGAUAGUAGCACUAGUAUCAGUUCUUGUUCGGGUUAUCCAUGGCACCGUGGACGAGAGUACUAUUAUCAUGAUGAACUUUAACUUAUUGAAUAUAUAUACGUU